AUGCCCAUCCCCAGCAAGCACCCCAACAUCGGCCGCUCGCAGAGCUGGGACGCCGCCGGCUGGUACGAGGGCGCCUGGGAGGGCGAGAACGCCUUCGAGUACCAGAGGCUGCCGGGCCACAGGAGCUCCCUGACCUACAGCGGCAGCGAGGGCGGCUGGUACGAGCCGCUGGGCCUCCGCGCCAACGAUAUCAUCUUGCAGGGCGGCGCGGAGCUGAAGCAAGAGGCGUACCCCUACCAGGAUGCCGCCUUCGCCCCGGGCCCCCUCAGGAAGGGCUCCGUCCCCGACUUCGCCUACUGCGACCGGCAGGCAGCCAUGGCGGGCCGGGGCGCCCAGGAUUACUACAGCGACCCGUCCCUGGCGGCUAGAUCGCCCAAAGACCCCCGCUGCUACCAGGCGGUGAGCCGGCCACCGGCGGGAUACGGGGUGCCGGGCAGCCGGCUGUCCUGGGACCCGGCCUCGGGCCGCCCGCCCGUGCCCCCGGAGGCCGCCCGCCUCUACAGGGACCCCAAAGCACUGGACGGGCAGCGGCUGCGCAACAGGGACGUCUCCCCAGCGCGGUACGGCACGGAGCCCCCCGGCCUGCGGUACGCAGCGGAGCCCCCAGCCUUCCCUGGCCGGCCGGCCUACGGCGAUGGGGCAGAGCGGCCGCCCGAGCCGUCGGGGGGCAGGCAGGCCGCCCCCACCUGCCUGGUGGUGGACCCCAGCAGCGGCUAUGGGCCGGGCCGGGAGAGCACGGGCACCAAGGGACCCUACGACAGCUAUGAGGCGGUGGCAGCGGCCCCGUCCCACCCGCCGGUGCCGCCCGCUUUCCCCGGGCAGGAGGGGAAGAGGAGCUUCGACCCCGAGUUCGUGGCGCUGCUGCGUGCGGAGGGCGUCUCGGAGAGCACCUUCGCCGCCCUGCUGCAGCAGGGCUUCGACUCGCCCAACCUGCUCGCCAUGAUGGAGGAGAACGACAUCAAGUCGGUGGCCCCCAACCUGGGGCAGGCCCGCGUGCUGUCCCGCAUCGCCCACAACUACAAGGCGGAGAUGCAGCUGCAGCGGCAGGAGCGGAGGAGCGGGGCGCUGCGCCCCAGGACCCGCUCCAACAGCUUCAGCCACCGUGGCGAGCUGACGGGUGACUACGGGGCGCCCCUCGCCUCGGGGCCGGCCGCUGACGGCCCUACAGCCCCACAGCCUCCACUGCAGCCGCCCUCCCCGAGGGCAGGGGAGAUGCACCGGAGGCCGUCCAGCGCCCCGACCCAGCACCUGCUGGAGACCACCACCUACCCGGCCUCCGCUGGUGCUCCGCAGGGGCCGCAAUUCCUCCCUGGUUCUGGAUACAACACCCCCCUGCCUUGCAACGUGCACCCACGGCCGGCCUCCACCUACUGCGCUCCCGCCGGCACACCGAUGACCACGGCCAACCCGCACGCCAGCCCCAAAACGGCGUACCUGACCACGUACACCGUGCCCAUGGAGCUGAUGAAGAGGGAGAGGACGGUGGCCUCGCCGGCCCCCAGCCCACACGGCAGCCCGCAGCUCCUCCGCCGGCCGGGCGCGCCAGGGGACGGCCUGGCCCCCACUGGACCCACGUUCCCUGCUCAGCUCUCCCCGUACCCGAAGCUCAGCCGGCGCACGGGGCCGCCCGUCAUUGUCUCCACGAUGGCGUCGCCCGAACCAAGUAUCCGCCCUCAGAUCAUGAACGGCCCCAUGCACCCCCGGCCCCUGGUGGCACUGCUGGACGGCAGGGACUGCACGGUGGAGAUGCCCAUCCUGAAGGAUCUGGCGACCGUGGCAUUCUGUGACGCACAAUCAACUCAGGAGAUCCACGAGAAGGUAUUAAACGAAGCCGUUGGGGCCAUGAUGUACCACACCAUCACGCUGACCCGAGAAGAUCUAGAGAAGUUCAAGGCCUUGCGGGUCAUUGUUCGAAUAGGCAGCGGCUACGACAACAUUGACAUCAAAGCGGCGGGGGAGCUCGGCAUCGCCGUCUGCAACAUCCCCUCGGCCGCCGUGGAGGAGACGGCCGACUCCACCGUGUGCCACGUCCUCAACCUCUACCGGCGCAACACGUGGCUGUACCAGGCGCUGCGGGAGGGCACGCGGGUGCAGAGCGUGGAGCAGAUCCGCGAGGUGGCCUCCGGCGCCGCCCGCAUCCGGGGGGAGACGCUCGGCCUCAUCGGCUUCGGUCGCACUGCCCAGGCGGUUGCAGUCCGAGCCAAGGCGUUUGGCUUCAACGUGAUAUUUUAUGACCCGUACCUGCAGGAUGGCAUAGAGAGGUCCCUGGGAGUGCAGCGAGUCUACACGCUCCAGGACCUGCUCUACCAGAGCGACUGUGUCUCGUUGCACUGUAACCUGAACGAACACAACCACCACCUGAUCAACGACUUCACGAUUAAGCAGAUGCGGCAGGGCGCGUUCCUGGUGAACACGGCGCGUGGGGGGCUGGUGGACGAGAAGGCCUUAACUCAAGCCCUGAAGGAGGGACGGAUACGAGGGGCUGCGCUCGACGUGCACGAGUCAGAACCAUUUAGUUUUGCUCAAGGCCCAUUGAAAGAUGCUCCUAACCUAAUCUGUACCCCGCACACCGCCUGGUACAGCGAGCAGGCGUCGCUAGAGAUGAGGGAAGCUGCUGCCACCGAAAUCCGGCGCGCGAUCACAGGGCGCAUUCCAGAAAGCCUACGGAACUGCGUGAACAAGGAAUUCUUUGUCACAACGGCUCCGUGGUCAGUAAUAGAUCAGCAAGCGAUCCAUCCAGAGCUCAAUGGUGCCACAUACAGGUAUCCCCCCGGGAUGGUGAGCGUCGCGCCGGGAGGCAUACCAGCGGCCAUGGAGGGCAUCAUUCCCGGCGGCAUCCCCGUGACCCACAACCUGCCCACCGUGGCGCACCCCUCCCAAGCUCCGUCGCCGAACCAGCCCACGAAACACGGGGACAACAGGGAACAUCCCAACGAGCAAUAGCAGCUAAUUUAAAAACCACUCAAUAAACUUGGGACCAAGAGACAUUGGAAAAGAAGUUAUACACGAACUGAAAAAAAAAUAAAAGAAUUUGAUACGGAAUUUGUAAUGUUGAUUUUGGACAGAUGCAUCAUUGAUGUUCCAGUGUUAACGACCAAGUGAUAGCAGUCAAGACUGGGGAGAAGCCCUGAAGAAGUCACCUGCUUACUGAAGCGCUGAAAACUAGGAUGUGAGACAUUAAUGAUCGACUUCUGUUAUUGUGUGUUAAGUUUCCUUCAUCUGUGCAUCAAUCACAUGAAUAAAAAUAGAUUUUUUUCCCCUCGA